AUGGACCAAAGGGUUUUUGCUUCUUCUAUGUUUCUAUCUUUGCUCAUCUUAAUCGUAUGGAACAACAACAUUGUUGUUGUUCCACAAGCAGAAGCUCGAGCGUUUUUUGUUUUUGGCGAUUCGUUAGUUGAUAAUGGCAACAAUAACUACCUACUCACCACUGCUCGUGCCGACGCGUACCCGUAUGGCAUUGACUAUCCCACUCACAGGGCAACUGGUCGUUUCUCCAAUGGUCUCAAUAUCCCGGACAUUAUCAGCGAGCGAAUUGGGUCAGAACCCACGUUGCCGUAUCUGAGUCCUGCGCUGGAUGGAGAGAGGUUACUCGUUGGUGCCAAUUUUGCUUCUGCUGGAAUAGGAAUUCUCAAUGACACUGGAAUCCAAUUUAUAAACAUAAUCCGAAUCAGCAGACAAUUACAGUUCUUUGAGCAGUAUCAACAAAGGGUGAGUGCACUGAUAGGAGCAGAACAGGCUCAACGACUUGUGAACCAGGCACUGGUCCUCAUAACCUUAGGUGGCAAUGAUUUUGUCAACAACUAUUUCCUGGUGCCAUUUUCUGCAAGAUCACGCCAAUUUGCACUCCCAGACUAUGUCGUAUACCUUAUUUCCGAGUAUCGAAAAAUUCUUCUGAGACUGUAUGAAUUGGGAGCAAGACGAGUUUUGGUGACAGGAACGGGGCCAUUGGGUUGUGUGCCUGCAGAACUAGCACAGCAUAGCAGAAAUGGGGAGUGUGCAGCAGAUCUGCAACAAGCUUCUGCUUUAUUCAAUCCGCAACUGGUCCAGUUGGUGAAUCAACUCAACUCUGAAAUUGGUUCAGUUAUCUUCAUUUCAGCUAAUGCUUUCGAAUCGAAUAUGGAUUUUAUCAGUAACCCACAAGCAUAUGGGUUCAUCACCUCAAAAGUUGCAUGCUGUGGUCAAGGACGUUUCAAUGGGAUUGGACUCUGCACUCCGGUGUCAAACCUGUGUCCAAACAGGGCAGUGUAUGCAUUUUGGGACCCCUUCCAUCCAAGUGAGAGAGCAAACAGAAUAAUCGUGGAAACAUUCAUGAUCGGAGACAACAAAUACAUGAACCCAAUGAAUCUCAGUACCAUCAUGCAUUUGGAUUCAAGGACCUAA